GUGAACCGGAUGUAAACAUCAGACCGCCAUGUUGGAUGCACAGACGGCAGAGAACCAUCCCGGCGGGUUGCCAGACUUUCUCCCACACUUUCAGACCCAGUGGAGUUGGACCGGACUGGACCCGGACCCGGACCGGACUCUCUGAACCCAGUUAAAAUCUUUACUUCUCUUCGUGGUAACUUCCGGAAGGCUCGCGGGCCGUGAUGGAGCCGGCCGAGACUUUCAUGUCCCAGACGGAGCUGGUUCUGGAGGUGGCGGUGGAGUCCGCGGUCUGCGUCCUGCAGCAGAGACUCGGACCGGACGGGACGGACGGCGAGGAGAGGCGGCACCAGCUGACCGCCGUCCUGGAGGGGACCGCCAGAGAGGUAGCCCGUAAGAUCUGCAGGAUCUUCAGAGCGCUGUACGCCGGCGUGGAGAAGGAAAACCAGGUCCUGAGGGACAAAGUGGGGCGUCUGGAGUCUGAGCUGAGGUCAGAGGUCGAGAGGAACGCCACGCAGACCGUUUACAAGAUCAAACCAUCAGAUGGCCCCGCCCUCUCUCUGGACAUCAACCAACCAGCUGCCAACCCCGCCGCCCUCGCCAUGGCCAUCCUCAACUCCACGAGAACCAGACGCAGAGCCAGCAGCAACCCUCAGGUGCCCCUGGUCAUCAUCAGCCAGCCACUUCCUGCUCCAAUCACAGGCCAGAGCCAGAGCAGCCCCUCCCCCCAGGAACCGCCGGAGGAACCAGAUCACACCGCCGCUAACGCUAAUGCUAACACCGCUGCUACGAGUCAGACUGACCUCCAGACUGAGGUGGUGUUAGAAAUGAACCAGAUCUCCACAGAUCCUGACCAAUCACCAGGAGGUGUCACCUCCGCAGACGUGACAUCACUUCCUGUGACUAAUGGUCAGCCAGCCAGUGAAGCCCCGCCCCCGCCCGAAGAAGACGCGGUUAUUGUCGUUGUUGAAGCGGAGACGAAGCUGGAAGCUGAGGAGCCGACGCCCACCCUGAGCCCACCAGGAGUGAGAGAGGAGCAGCAGAGGGAGCUGGAGAGGAAGAGGAGGAGGGAGCUGUACAAAGAGAAGAGGUUCUUCUGUGAGCUCUGCAACAAAGGCUUCCAUCAGAGGCACCAGCUGAGGAAACACGUGUCCUGCCACCUCAAGCCGUUCCCCUGCAGCUCCUGCGACAAAGGCUUCUACAAGGCCAAGAGUCUGCAGAGACACCAGCUGAGCCACCAGCUGAGGGAGGCCCAGGACCGCGACCCCGACAAGCUGCUGCGCUGCGACCAGUGCGACAGGAAGUUCAGGAUGCCGCGCCAGCUCCGAGUCCACCAGGCGUCUCACCGGCUGGAGAAAACGCCGCUCAAGUGCCACGUCUGCGACCGUGCCUUCACCUCGGCCGGCGCGCUCAGGUACCACGAGGUGUCGCACGCCCAGGUCAAGCCGUUCAUGUGCGACGUCUGCGGGAAAGGCUUCACCAGGAAGAAGAGCCUCCGCGAGCACCAGACGGUCCACACCGGCGCCCGGCCCUACCCCUGCCCCGCCUGCGGGAAGAGCUUCUCCACCGCCAGCAACCUGCGCGUCCACAAGAGGUCGCACUCCGAAGAGCGGCCCUACAAGUGCUGCGAGUGCGACAAGGCCUUCAAGUGUAAGAUGGGUCUGCUGCAGCACCGCGUGGUCCACUCCGGAGAGAAGCCCUUCAUGUGCCAGACCUGCGGACUCAGCUUCGGCCUCAAGUACAACUUCCAGAGACACCUGCGCCUCCACAACGGAGAGAAACCCUUCAGGUGUGAUAAAUGCGGAGAGGGCUUCACGGGGACCUGGGCUCUGAAGACCCACAUGGUGGUCCACGGUGUGGAGAAGCCCUUCAUGUGCGACCUCUGUGGAAAGACCUUCUUCUACAACUGUCAGCUGCAGAAGCACCAGCAGCUGGUCCACGACAACAAGAAGCGGGAGAAGGGGGGCGGCGGGGCGGCGAGACGCAGGCCGAGCGGUGUGAAGCCCUUCAGCUGUAAGGUCUGUCUGAAGAGCUUCAGCAGCAACACCACGUUGAGGACGCACGAAAAGAGCCACGCCGAGAACAAAGAGUUCACCUGCGACACCUGCGGGAAGUCCUUCCACCUGCGCCACCUGUACCUGUACCACGUGAGGCAGCACAGCGGCGACCGGCCGUACGUCUGCAGCGUCUGCGACAAAGGCUUCCUGCUCAUGUCGCAGCUAAAGCAGCACGGCCUGCUGCACACCGGGGUCAAACCUCACAAGUGCCAACAGUGCGGGAAGGAGUUCAGGACGCCGCAGAACUACCACCGCCACCUGCUGGUCCACACCGGCGUUAAACCCUACGAGUGCGCCGUGUGCAGCAGGAAGUUCAGGCAGUCCAACCAGCUCAAGUCCCACAUGCAGAUCCACACCGGCGUGAAGCUGUACACCUGCGAGCGCUGCGGCCACGGCUUCUCCGACUCCCGGCAGCUCAAGAAGCACCGCUGUGGAGACGACUUCCAGACUCCAGAGCCCGGCAGCAAGCGCAGGAAACCGAAGAGCGCCUUCCCGUGGCCCGAGGGCUUCGCCGACCAGUAACCCUGACCGGUUAGCCUAGCUUAGCAUAAAGACUGGGAGAAACAGAUUCUGGUUUUCAGUCCAGCACAAACAGAAAAACCACAGAACUACUUCUUCUUGAACAGCGUAUCCUUCCGCCCAGGACUAAUGUGAGCCUGAUGUCCCGAUCCUGGUCUCACAGAGACAGAAGACCCCCAAACUGGAUUUAUUUUUAUAUUUAAAAACACAAAUGGGUCAUGAAAGAUGUUGUAGGACUCAGCUGUGGAGUUAUUUCCUCCUGACAACGCAACAGCUUUCUGUUAACGUGUCUUUAGUUCAGCUUUAAACGGUAGAAAGAGUUUCCUUUCUUUUAUUUCUCCUGUCAACUUUUAUUAUGGAGACAAUUAAACUCAGAGAGAGUCUGUCAGCAAGAAA